UUGGAAACGUUUGAAACUAAUUUAAGAGUUAGAAUUUAAAAGUUAUUUGAAAGUUUAUUUUGAACCGUUUCGAAUAAUUCUUGACAUCCGGUUCGUCCAAAUUAGCACUUUUUCUUUAGACUUAAGAUCAAGAGUCUAGAUAUCAAGAACUUAUAAUAAAAUCUAGAUCUCUAUUAGUUUAAUAAAAAAAUAAAAAUUUUGUUUACAUCGUAUCAUUUAGAUUAUUAUUAUGAAAAUUUCACAAAUGGAUGACAAAAAGUCGUCAUCGAGCCAGCAAAAGAACACUUUGGCAGAGUUAUUGCCUGGACCUUCCCCACCACCAGUUACCACAAAUACAUCAAUUAUAGCACAAAAUCCUUUUGAUGAUCCAUUACCUACAAAUAAUAUGCUGGGGAAGCCUCCUCAGCAAAUGUCACAAAUGCAGACAGGACUCAUGGCCCCUGGACAAGGUCCACCACAUGGAAAAGUGUAUCCUCCAAAUCAGCCCAUGGUAUUCAAUCCAUCAAAUCCAAGUGCUCCACCUAUUUACCCGUGUGGGGUGUGCCACAAGGAAGUUCAUGAAAAUGAUCAAGCAGUUCUAUGUGAAAGUGGUUGUAAUUUCUGGUUCCACAGAAUCUGCACAGGACUAACUCCAGAGGCAUUCUCCAUGUUAAAAACUGAAGUUUAUGCAGAAUGGGCCUGUGACAAAUGUUUAAGUUCUAAAAAUAUUCCUUUAGUAAAAUUAAAGCCAUGAAACAUUCAUAAUAUUUUUUACUGCACUCAGUAGAUCUCUGUAAUUGGCUUUUUUGGGGGGAUCUUUAUUUUGUUCUCUAUAUAACAAAUACUUCAUUUUCAGUAACUUGCCUUAUAAAAAUAUUAUCUAGUAAGUUAAGUAGAUUCGAACACUAAUACUGGUACAGUGAACAUAGUAUGGAAUGUAACAAAAUAUAUGGGAAUUUUGUUAGUUUACAUAGAUUUAAUAUUAAAUAAGUUAAAAUUGGAGACUCAGAUAUAUGUACAGUCGCAGCAUUUAAUAAUAAUUUUAAAUUUGGAAAUAUGGAAUGCUAUUUCAUUUACAUUUGUUCACCAAGACAGACCAGGUGUGACAUUUUCUUCAUGCUGCCCAUUUGAUAGCCAUGCUCACUUUUGGCUGGGCACAACACUUGCUAGUUUACUUGUUACAGUGACCAAAGCAAAGUUAUCUUUAAUAACUUGUCUGAUCACAAAUAUAUUUAUCGCACAGCAUAUCUUACAAAUUCAAGAAAAAGAUGUGUAGAAAGUCUGUGGAUGAACUUUGUCCAUCCUCUAUUUUGAUUUUUAUUCUUAACAUCAGAAAUAAUACUAGUGAUUAGUUUAUGUGCAGGUUGACAUUUGUCUAAUCAUUAAGGGAUGCAGCUAUUAUGUAAUGCAUAACAUAAACUUAUAUUUACAUUAGUAUCUAGAUGCAUAACUUCUAGCUUUAAAAUUAUGGAGCUGAAAAAGUGGCAUAAUACAAAUUUUGUUUGGUAGUUCCAAAGUUCAGAUAUCCACCUGAUAUUUUUACACUAAUAUGAGUUGUAGGCAAAUAAACCUAUUUAGAUAUGUUUUAUCCUACUGAAAAAUUAAAUAAUGAGACAUGCUUUUUGUGUUUUGUUAGAAAUAUAAUUAAAAAUGCAUGCUUAUUGUGUUUUGUUAGAAAUACUAUUAAAAAUGCAUAUCUCAUCACAUGUUCAGAGCAUAUUUUUUUUGUUUCAGUUCUUUCACUUUAACUUCAUCCUCAAAUCUAUUUUCUUAAAAAAAAAAUUGCUAACGUUUUCACUUGAAAAUUGAAGUUACUUCAAAGUUUUCAAAUAGAGAAUGAUUAAAAAUGCAUGCAUGUCUUUCUAUACUGUGUUUUAUUUUAUUAACAUGUCUUAGGUAGAAUAGAUUGUCAGAGUGAAAAGACAUGUUUUUGUAGUGAGUUCGAUUUUGUUUAAAAUACGGUACCAUUUUAUAUUAUUACUGAAGUCUACUACAUUUAUCUCAUUUUAUCUCAAGUUGAUUUUGUCUAUAAUUGUAAUAAAAGUUAUAUUUAGUAUUGUU